AUGGCAAGUGAGGAGGAGAGUGUUCUUGCUUUAGUGCAUUGCUCUGGGAAAAUUAAAAAAAGCAAAAGCCAUGGUGUGAAGUUCACAGACAAAGAACCAUUGAGUGUGUUCAUCAGUUCGUCAAGCACUUUGUCAGAUCUAAAGAACAACAUCUUGCAGAAGCUUGGCGUCUUUGGUACGAAGUGGGUGAAGAAGCUAUUCUACAAGAUUCCCAUCGCAGUUGUCUCGACGAGUGUUCAGUAUUAUACCUUUGUGCUAGCGGCUGAUGAAGAUAUUAGGGUUCUGUUCCAUUGUGUUAGGAGUUUUUCAGAGAUCCGAAUUCAUGAGUUGUUUGCGAAGUUGAAGGUUGGUGUCGAUAGUUCUGGGGCAUCAGCUCCAUUUCAGAGCUCAACUGCCGCAGAAGUUGUGUCUAGUUCGAUGCCUGCGGUCAGACCGUAUCUUCCGCCGGUGGGUUCCCCUACGUUCGCAGCUGAUUUAGAGCGAACGGUGGUUGUUGGUUCUGUACAGUUGGAGAAUGAAGGAAUAUUUAAGCAGCCUGAUGUCGUUGGCACCGAUGGUGGCCAGUUACCUUAUAUGGAAGGCUUUGGUGAACCUGAUAGAGUAGAGAAUGCAAUAUGUGACGAUGACUCUGACCAGGAGCCUGUCGAUAUCAUCGGGGACAGCGACGAUGACACAGGUGCCAAUCCACAUGCGCAGCAUGGGCCUUCAAGUUCUGCUUCUCAACAGUACCCUCCAAACUUCUCCACACUAAACUUGGAGGUUCUUGGUCAACAGGAGGACGGUGGUAACACGAAUAAAGAUGAGGCUGUGCUGAGUGUGAAGGACUAUAGCAUCCGGCGAGGUGUUGAGUACAGAGUCAUCGAAUCAGAUCAUCUAAAGUAUCAUGGAAAAUGCAAGCAAUUUGGCAAGGGUUGUACUUGGUUGAUUCGCGUUGCGCUACAUGCACGAAAGGGCACUUGGGAGGUUAGGAGGUACAACGGGCCACACACAUGCUUGGCAACCUCUAUUUCCAGUGAUCACCGUCAGCUGGAUUACCACGUUAUCUGUGCGAGGAUUCUUCCGUUGGUUAGGGCAGAUGCUGCAGUUACGAUAAAGGUACUGCAACAAGCUACAAAAGCCGAUUAUGGUUUCAGGCCUAGUUACAGGAAGGUUUGGAUGGAGAAGCAGAAGGCAGUGGCACAAAUAUAUGGAGAUUGGGAAGAGUCGUACGCGGAGUUGCCACGUUGGAUGCUAGGAGUACAGUCAACAAUGGCCGGAACAAUAACCGUGUUGAAGACCUCUCCUGUUCGGCUUCGUGGUGAGGUUGAUGAGUCGACGGUGUACUUUCACCAAUUAUUUUGGACAUUCCCACCCUAUAUCGAGGCAUUCCGUCAUUGCAAGCCCCUCGUCAGUAUUGACGGUACCCACUUGUAUGGCAAGUAUGCAGAGACACUGCUGUUGGCGAUUGCGCAGGAUGGGAACUCCAACAUCCUCCCCAUUGCAUUCGCCCUUGUGGAAAGAGAAAAUGCAGAGUCGUGGUCAUUCUUCUUGUCCAACCUACGAGAGCAUGUGACUCCUCAGGAGGGUAUCCUUGUAAUCUCUGAUAGGCAUAACGGGAUCAAGGCAGCGCUUGAGACACCUGAGACUGGGUGGCUGCCGCCUCGUGCUUUCUGA